CCCGGUGCCCCUGCUGGGAUGGACUGGGAGAGGGAAUGGCCUCAAGUUGCGCCAGGGGAGGCUCAGGUUGUAAAUGAGGAGGUGUUUCUGCUCAGAAAGAGCUGUCAGGCACUGGGACGGGUUGCCCAGGGAGGUGGUGGAGUCACCAUCCCUGGGGGUGUUCAAGGAAAGGCUGGACGUGGUGCUGAGGGAUGUGGUUCAGUGGGUGGCAUUGGUGGUAGUUUUGGUUGGACCAGGUGAUCUUGGAGGGCUUUUCCAACCUUCACAACUCCCUGACUCUGAGAUUUCAGGGACAGGGAGGAAGGCAGCUGCAGGCAGGCGUGACAGGCUGAACAGGGUUACAGGGUAAGAGAACAGGGGACCGAGGAGGUGCCACAAUGGAAACAGGAGAAAAGAGUUUAAAUUUAGGGGAAGGUGAGGUGAGAAAGGGAACUGAGAUUUGAAAAUCCUAAAUUCUCUCAGCAAAAGCAGUCGGGACAGGAUCCUCACUCCUACAUCCCCAUGUCUCUGAUGCCUCAGAGCACUGGCCCUGCUGCAGUCGGUGAAUGAGGGCACUGAGCAGAGCUGCAGCCUUCUCAAGUCAGCUCCUCACAUGUAGGUGUUACAGUGCCCGGCAGCCUUUCUGCAGGGUGCAUGGCAAAGGACAGGACUGAGGAGGAGUCUGAAGGUAGCUGGUAAAGACACCACAGAGUGCAGGGCACUGGAGGAGGGACAACAGAAGCACUUGCAUUAGUCUUGCAAAAGGAUGGGGUGGCUGAUAGUAGCAGGAGCUGAGCUCCCCAUGGUAAAGGAAGGUAGGUGAGGGUAGUCCCCGAGGUCAUGGGAAGCAAAGAGGAGCAGCUUGAGUCUGCUGUGGUGAGAGGAGCUGGCAGAUGGGAGCACUGUGGGUGUCAUGUCAGUGUAAUGAGCUGGAAAAAUGCAAUUUGCGGUAGUGCUCUGGUGGAUGUUAGCAGGGCGAGACUGCUCCUGGAGGACAGAGGAAAGCACGCCACAGCCAUCACAGUGCGGGGUGACUGGGGCAUGGGCAAGAACUGUGCCUAUUUUCAAAGCUCCUAAAAAGCAUAUGGAACCAUGUGAUUAAUACCUGUGAUCAGAAUCUGAACCGAUGCUGUGAAAUAAUAGAAAUGAACUCUGUGAUUCAAGGGCAGCUCUUCACAAUCCUCAAUGAAACGUCUCGAGAAGGUGGGCACUAUGCAGGUGUAGAAACAAUAAAAACUCGUCUUCUGCCAUGGCUAGGAACUUGUUUUUCCUGUGCUGCUUCAGGAGGGCUCUUUGAAAGCGGCCUCUCUUUCAUUCAGGAUUCAGUUGAGAAAGAGAGGCAGCUGAGACAACUGGCCACCAGUCAGACUUUUCAGCUGCAAGAACUUCAGGAAGAACUCACUUCAACGCGCCUAGAGCUCGACCAUGUGCAACAAGAUCUGAAGGAUUCCCGUGUCCGAGAGGAGGACUCUCUGAGGAGGUUAGAUCCUUGGAAUGAUUAUGAGCAGCAGAUUCAGAUGCUGCGGGAUGAGAUUUCUAUCCUGGAUGCCAAAAAGUCUGUUCUCCAGAGCAGACUUGUGCGGAGCCGCUCUCCUUCCCCAAGACGCAGCAGGUCACCCAGCCCGCUCCCCCUGAGGAGCUGCUCACCUGGCCGAGCCAGGCGGACAAAUGCUUCCCGUCACGCCUGCCUGGUGGCUCGCUUCGGUGACAUCUAUGCUAAUGAACGCCUGGAUGCAGAGACCCUUCUGAGGACAUACAUCACCGACAAAGAGAUGGUGCAGAGGAUAAUAUACACUGCAGCUGUGGAGUCUUUCCAAACAGCGAAGAUGGCCUACAGGCAAUUCAAAAUACGUGUAAGAAAGACUCUUUCUUUAGGUCACACAGAGCUUGAGUCACUUGAAGACACUGUCCUGGAUUAUAUUGUUCGCCACGAGGAUCUGUACGAUGUUCAAGCCAGUGUCAAUGAAGUAAUUCGCUCCAUGAACAUGAACCCAAAGAUUUCAUUCCCACCAGAAGUCGAUUUCAUUGUGAUCAGCAGUUUGAUUCGAGAGCUCUGCCGUGUGGCUUUUUCAAUGCAGACCCUCACCCCUCCUCUUGAUAUUGCCUUUGGCAUAGAUGGCGAACUUUUCAGUGAGACCAAGUACCAUCGUAGUUUGGACUCUGAUUUCACAGCUGCUUUGGUGGCCUAUCACGUAUGGCCUGCUCUGAUGGAAAAUGAUGUUGUAAUUGUGAAGGGAGAGGCAGUCACCAAAAGAGGAGCUCUGUGGUCUCGCAGGAGCAGAAGUAGAAGCAGAAGCCGGAGCCGUAGCGUGAGUCCUCUUCUAUCUCAUUUAUCUCGAAGCCGCAGUCCUUCACCACUGAGGAGCGGAAGCCCAAGACAUUAAGAUAACUGGAUAAGUUUCUGUGGUUCUGUACAUCUGGAUCCAUCAAGUUUGCUGGUGCCUUCUCCUCUUCAAGGAAUACCUCAAAUGUAACAAUGUGAACAGCAAUUGUCCCUCCAAAAGGAGCGUUACAUGUUUUGUGUGUUUUUGUCAUUAUAGAAGGCUUAUUUAGGACUUUAGAAAUUAAUUCAACACUUCUGAUUUAAACAAAACAAAUUGCAUGCAAUACAGGAUUGUACUAAUUAUCAAAGUUUACAGAGCACUGAGGUACCCAUGCUGUAAUCUUACAGAUGGAGAUAGAAUUAUUGCACCUCGAAUGGCUUCCCUAGAUACCAAAUGAUACAGUUUGACAGGGUGUUCAAUGUAACCUAAAUGGUGAAUGUUACAGAAUGUUGAGGUUAGCUGUUAACUUGAAAACAAUUUAAUUAUCUGGUGCUUGUUUACAGUUUUAGAAAGCAGCAAUAAGCUUGUGAUGUGCAAGUCUCAGCAUUCUUUGAAAUAUCUCUUAAGUAAUUUUUAGUAAUCUGAAUUUUCUAGCUACAAUGCAAAACUCACACAGAAUAGUGAUAAACUACCAAUACUCUAUCAGUCCCCAGGACUUUAUUGACUUUUACUUUUGAAAGCAUGGAUAUGUGGUUUUAGCAAAGUAGUAAUAGUCCUUUCUAAAUUCAUUGCCACUUACAUUUUUUUUAAUAUUCAUUUCUAAUUUGGACCUUAAAGUAUUCUAAAAGUGUGCCAAUGACUACAUGUAGGCCUGAAAUAUUUUCUUGAGGUAAUCUAUUCAGUAUUGCUUUUGAUGGACUUCAUACUAGCCUGAUAAAUUAGUAGUUCCUAUAAACACAGUCAAAGAACUUGCCCAGUUAUCACUUACUGUGUGCAUUUAUCACAUCUUAAAUGUAAAAACUGAAGACCUGAAAGGCUUUCAUUCUUCCAUUUUAAAUACUGGUUGUUCCACUUGUAAAAAUUUAUUUUAAUACCAGCAUUUUUGUCUUCUGGAGAACUGGUAGUCUUUCUCUGAACUUUGUCUAUAGGACCAGCCUUAACUACAAGCCACAAAGGGGGCCAUUUGGGGUUGUCUUGUGUUUUUACAUAGAAACAUAAGAUUUGUCACAAUGGAUCUGAUACACAAUUCAUCAAAUCCACCGUCUCAUUCCAGUCAAUACUUGAUGUUUCAAAGGAAUGUGGAACUUACCUGGAAUUCAUCUGCAAUUUUUGAUAUAUUAGAAUCAAGAAGAAAUCCUUUCUGCCUCCUGUUGCAGUAGCCUAUGCAGUGGAACAUGACAGUUCAUUGGUAUUCCUAUAAUAGCAUGAACAAAAAUAUUCUUAUUAGUUCUAAAAUUGUUUAGUCCUUAAAAUUAUGUUACAGGAACAAAUUGUGUGAUCCCUGAAAUGAUCCCUUGUACAGAUUUACAUGUCCAUGCUCUUUCUCUCUACUUCUUGUGUGGUUUAAGACUUUGGCACGAGGCUCUUUGGCACAGGGACAAACUUCAGGCAGACUAGCACUGGCCCCCAUGUACCAUGGAUCAGCUGUGCCUCUUGUUCGACAGAUGUGUUUUCAUUGGAAUUAGGCCUGUUAGGAACCAGUAAAAGCAAAAUGCAGUCCCGAGCACAAAAGGUCGUUCACAGAGCUUCUCUGAAUAAAUGAAAGCUUCUCUGAGUAAAUGAAGAAGAUUCUCUGAAUAAAUGAAAAAUGAAUGGUGUAUGUAUAUAUGUACUGUCUUGUUAUCUGAGAAAGUCACAAGAGAAAAUGCCAAGCGAGAUGUUUCAUAUUCUAAGAGCCAACUUGUUAGUCUUAGCCAUGGAUCUGGGCUUGCAGUAAACCUGCAUAUUUCUGCACUGAUCUCAUGACUCAAAACAUCAGUUGUGGAAAAACUGAGCACCUGCAACUUGUGUGGCAACAGGAGAUAAUAAGAUAUCCCAAGUAUGGUUUUGAGCAACAAAAUGGAGAAAUCCAUAAAAUCUUUUAAUUAGGAAAGGCUGAAGAGAUGUAGGUCUUUUUAAACUGGAAAGUAUAUUUUUUGUCUUCUGCAUGUAAUUACCAAGGCAUGUCUGUGUUGUUCUUGAGUUGAAAUGAGUUUCCAUACCAACUCAGAAAACUUAAGACCACACCAAGGAAGUAUGUUUUUUCUUGACAAGCAUGAGAGGCAGGGUAGUUCCAGACUUGCACACACCUAUGAUGACACUAGGAACAGGUGUUAAAAAUGCUAUAAAAUAGAGAUUCCUAGUGCUUGGUAAAAAUAGAAAACUGGUGAAAUAACUAACGAUUUGUUUUUGUAGCGACGAAGCUUUAGGAAUUUUUUGCAUGUUUCAGAGCAGAGCAAACAAUUCUCAGCUAAGUGGGAAGUUUGCAGCAUGGUAGCACUUAAUUAGUUAAACAAUUCUUACUCUACUCUGCUGUACUUCGCAGCAAGUUAUCUUUUCAUAGGAAUAUAGUUUUGUACUUAUUGCCUGUGCAGCUGAUUUAUAGACAAUUAAAUCCAUUGCUCAGACAGGGGAUUGCUGCUGGUGUCAUGUUAGACAAUAAGAGCUCCUGUGCUUCUUUCUGUCCACAUGAGAACUGCAGAGAAUGCAUACCAAUAAAGAUUAUAUGUAAUUAACCAUCAAAUGCAAAACAGCUUGUAAGAGACUGUUGCAAAGGACUUUUCUUUUGACAAAGGACUCUUGUAAUUGCUUGCAAGACCCUAUGAAUGAAUGGAGAAUGAAUAUGAAAUUAAUGACUUGAUAUUUUAAUAAGAAUUUUUAAAAUUGUAAGAUCAUUAUUAUUUUUAAAUUAUUUUCUCUAAAUGAAUGGGUAAUGCCACAGUUGUAAAAGCAGCAAAGUAGAAAUGGUACUAUAAGGAUGGAUGCCAACAGGUGACCGAUAAAAAAUCAGUAAGAUAGUUUUAGAAUAGUAUGACCUAUGAUCAAAGUGAUAAUCAGGAGAAAUAAGGUUAGAUUUUGAGCUUAUUUGAACUUUUUGGAGAUGGACUGGUGAAAGUGAGACUGUACAAGGUGUAAAAAAGCACCAUCCGUGGGCCAAGAUUUUCUUGUAGGACACCAUGCAUGUUUGUAAGGGAUUUUGAGGUUGCUGGAGAAUUCCUACGACACGUCAGCUUUGUGAAGGCUGAUGAUGGCUGGCUUAAUUCAAAGCCUGACUCCCAGGUAGUCUAAAGAUGUGGGUAUUUUAUUACACACUUCUGGGAAAAUACAAUGUCAUCAAAAUAUCUUCAGCCUUCCUUCUUCAGUAUUUGCAGCUGAAUGACAUGAAGUGCAAACUCAUGCCUAGCUGGCAGAUACUGAGGACAAAUGGCUCAGCUAAAUUUGCUACUGCACGAUGAAGGUUCAAACUCAGAAAUUAUCUUAUCUUAGAUGGAUUCUGCUAACAUAGGAGAAACAAAGUUGGGAGCUGAUGGAGCCCUCCCUCUUAAUCUAGGUGGCUGUGAGUUGUGCUGCUGGUUCAGCCUUGUGGGAGGCUCCAGACAUGAGUGGUAAGUUAAAGCAAACAUACACUACAGCUCCAAGAAAGUAAAUGUGAAGGCAACAAUUAUCCAAAUGCUCCCUAGAGAAACAUGUGCCUGUACAUCAUCCAAGACUUGAGCCUGUUAACUUCAUUUUUAUACUGCAUGUAUGCAAUGCAGAAGUUUGUCAUCCAGUAACAGUUCCAUCAGAAAUAAAUGCUGUCCUUCAGCUUUAUGUAACCUUCACCAGCCAGUUUUGACUGGCACUAACUGCACAAUGAUUUUCUUAUUGUAGCACUAAGUAGUCUAGCAUUGUAUUAAAGAAGUGAAAAUCAUUUUGUUAUGGCUUGCAGCUAUAUGAGCAUGCGUUCAGAUUGUUUUAAGUUUCAGGACUGUACCGUAUUUCUUUCAGUCAUACAGCGUACUAAUCAAUUUUACUAAAAUGUACAUUUCAUUUUAUGGUUGAAAAAUUGGAAGCAGUUUUUUGAUAGUUUAAAACAGCACGUGUAAGCAAAGCUGGCAGGCUCUCACUGAUCUACAGGUGUGUUGGCUACAUAGAAGCUAUACCUUUCACUCGAGGCAGAGCACAGACUUAGAGCUCACCCUGUAAUAUAACUUCUAGGAGAGCAAAGCAUGACGCAAAUGAAGUAGGUAGUAUAUUCACAUUUUCUUCUGGCUUUGAGAAUACAGCCUUUCUGCCUUGCAGAAACAUAGUUCUCAAGGAAAUGUUAACUGUUUUAAAACAAAGUGUCAGCGUAAAGAUACCAUUUAGCACUGCUAGUAUUGCUUCCUGUGAAUCUGUUUUUUCUUAAUAUGCUUUGGUCUGCAUUCAAAUGAAUUGUUUUAACAGAAACAGUUUAUACAGAGGGAUCAUUUUAAGCUAUUGUCUUCUCUUUGUGGUCACUGGCGUUCAGCCUUUUUGAGUAGAGGAAUAUAGUCUGUCACAUAAAGCGGAUAUAACACCUUUGUAAACUGUUUUCAGGACCUUCAGUGAAAACCUGCCUGUGUGAUACAUGCACACACACCAGCCUGACAAAGACAAAUGUUUAUUAUUUGGAAGCGUCAUCCUGUAUUCACAGAAAACAUUUUGCCCUAUGACCUUUCAUGCAGUUUGUAUCUCUUAUGGCUGACUCAGUUAAUAAAAGGUAAACUUGAUCAUUUCUACAUGCAGCUGUAAUUUGGACAGGAACCUACCUAACCAAAACCAGGCACAGAUGAGCUGUGCCAGUCUGUUAUGUAUAAAUACAAUUAGUGUUUUCAUUUCCAAUCAGCAUAUGGUGUAUUGCUUGACCUAAAGAGCUUGUGGUUUAAAUGAAGUACUGUCUUCAGGUUCUUUAGCCAUGAAAUCAAUGAAAUGCAUAUGAAAUUCUGAAUUUCACCGUUUUCAGUUGAUUAAUCUAUAACCAGUCAGUACCAUAUGUUGUUCUCACCCAGUCAUCUUCUGGGGUUACUAACUGCAAUGUGAAUAAUGUUUCCAUUUCAAUUAGCCUGAAUAAAUGUCAUGUAUUAAACCAGUAGCUCAAAACUGGAUUGUGAAUUGGUUAGUUUGUUAGAGGAUUAAUAAAAUACCAAGCCUA